UAUCAAGUCACAACUCACCAACUCUCCAGUGUCAAUGCGGAAUAUUACCAACUGUGGGAUCGUUGGGUUCUUUCUGAAAGUGCUGUCAACGAGUGAACAUGGCACCUACUGCUAAACCAACUAAAAAACCUGACGCCAAGCCAGCGGCUAAGCCUGCUGAGAAGGCGAAAGCUGCCGACAAACCCGCCAAGGGCAAAGUUGAGAAGCCAGCUAAGGCUGAACCAAAAUCUGCUCCAGCCAAGGAUGUGAAGAAAACCGCAGCUGCUGCUGCAGCUAAGGACGCAAAGGCCGCACCGGCUAAAAAGGCUGAACCUGCGAAGAAGGCCGAACCCGCAAAGAAAGCCGCUGAACCAGCCAAGAAGCAGGCUGCUGCCAAGGAUGCCAAGAAGGAAGCACCAAAGGCCGCCCCUGCUAAGAAGCCUGCAGCUGAAAAGCCAGCCGAAAAGGUGGAGAAGCCAGCUGCUGACGCCGCCGCUAAGCCCGCCAAACCCCAUAAGGCUGUUGCUAAGCCAGCAGCCCCCAAGGCACAGAAGAAGGGUGUCGUAGCUGCUGCCGCUUCCGCUACCGGCAAGGGCCGCGUUAGCAAGAAGCAAUUGUUGCGCGGAAAGGGGCUGAAGAAGAAGAAGGUUCAGUUGCGAUUCGGAAUCGAUUGCACAAAUAUCGUUGAAGACAACAUCAUGGACGUGGCUGACUUUGAAAAGUACCUGAAGAGCCGCAUUAAGGUUAACGGAAAGGUGAACAAUUUGGGCAACAAUGUCACCUUGGAGAGACAAAAGAUGAAAGUGUUCAUCAAUUCAGACGUACACUUUGCCAAGCGUUAUUUGAAAUACCUGACAAAGAAAUACUUGAAGAAGAACAGUCUGCGAGAUUGGAUCCGUGUUGUUGCUAAUGACAAAGAUUCGUAUGAACUCCGUUACUUCAGGAUAAGCUCGAACGAUGACGAAGAUGAAGAUGCAGAGUAAGCGGCGAAGGAAGUCUUUUAAACAUUCAAGGAUAGUGUUGUGUAGUUUUCUCGACUGAAAUAAAGGAAAAUUUGCGCGGCGCUGUUUUUAUACACAUA